AGAGUAUAUUAUUAUAUCCAAUGUUAGUGUAUACAGUUCAGAAUUUGUUUCUGAUAGCAAACACAACUCCACUAUUCUUCAGCUAUAAUAAUAACGGCUGCAUAGAUAGCACACCUAAGAACACACCACUUUCAUUUUUCUCUUAACUCAUUUUCUCUCAAUAACCAUGGCUCAUCUGAGCCACAAGACCUUGAAUUAUCUUCCUGAAACUCUGUCUGAACAUGAAGCUGAGGAAGGCCAACCUAAUAGUGUUGGUUCCUUUUCGUUUUGGCCUCCUCAUUUGGAGAAAGUUUUCCCCGUUUAUGCCAUGGGAAUUCCCAACCCUGUCUUGGAUUCUUCACUUCAAAAUUCAGAUUGUUUUGAUCCUAUCUGGGAUGAUGUCAGAAAAGAAGCACAUUUAGAGGCAGAAAGGGAGCCGAUUUUAAGUAGCUUCUUCUAUGCCACUAUUCUGUCUCAUGAUUGCUUGGAGCAAGCAUUAGCUUUUGCUUUGGCCAACCGACUCCAAAAGCCUACUCUUUUGGCUACUCAGCUGAUGGAUAUAUUUUCUACUGUGUUGAAGCAUGAUAAAGGUAUCCAACAUUCGAUUCGCUUGGAUAUUCAGGCAUUUAAAGAUCGCGAUCCUGCUUGUUUGUCAUAUUGCUCAGCACUUUUAUAUAUGAAGGGUUAUCAGUCGUUGCAAGUACAUCGAGUAGCUCAUGCUUUGUGGGGCCAGGGUCGCAAAGUUUUAGCCUUAGCUUUGCAAAGUCGAGUUAGUGAGGUUUUUGGAGUUGAUAUACAUCCAGCUGCGACAAUUGGAAAUGGAAUUUUAGUAGAUCAUGGGACAGGUGUUGUUAUUGGUGAAACUGCUAUAAUUGGAAACAGAGUUUCACUGAUGCAAGGUGUAACUUUGUGUGGCACUGGAAAGGAAACAGGUGAUCGUCAUCCCAAAGUUGCUGAAGGUGUACUCAUUGGAGCUCACGCAACUAUUCUUGGGAAUUUACAAGUUGGUGAAUGUGUGAUGAUAGCUGCUGGUUCCCUUGUGUUACAAGAUGUUCCUCCUCACAGCAUUGUGGCCGGUGUACCAGCAAAGGUUAUUGGAAGAGUACGUGAGCAUUAUCCAUCCUUAAACAUACAGCAAGAUGAGAAUAAGCAUCAAUCAGAGAAGUUCCUUUAUCAAUUACCUAGAAAAAAUGGAACGGCAGAAAAGGACUGAAUAAAUUGAAGUGCUGAGAAAAUAAUGCAGACAAAUGAAAAUGCAAAUAGAAAUAAUGGACUGAAGGGCUUGAGAUUUUUCACUGAAAAUUUCAAGCUUCAACAAGUGCUUGGUACAUUUAUAGUUUUUAGGGAAGAACUCAGUCAUGUGAAGUGUUAUUUUUAGCGUUGGAGUCUCUCAGAAAGGGAUUGUCUUUCAACCUUAGCGUUCUUGAAUUAUACAUCACCCUCUUAAUAAAUUUCAACGAAGAAAAAGUGUAUGAAGUUUGAACUCUCAAAUGAUAGAAUAAUCGAAUGGUGUUAUGUAUAUGUUUCAUCUGUUGUAAAUA